AUGAGUAGUGGAGAUACCGUUCGUGAUCAAUUUUCUGCCUUACAAAGACAACAAAAAGAACGUCUUAAUCAAUUACAAGAAAAAUCAACAAAGAAAAAAGUGCCAACAAUUGAUGCAAGUAAUUCAAUGAAUUUUGAAGUUGAUUCUGGUCCAUUUCCACAUGAAGAAAAUAAUAAUGUCAUUGCAUCUAUUAUCGCUGUUCAACAAGAAAAUCAAAGUGAACAACUUCGAGAAUUACGUGAUGAAAAUGGUCGUCUACGAAAACUUCUAGCUGAAAAAGAUUAUGAAAUUGAUUAUUUACGUCGUAUACAAGAAGAAGAACGUCAAGCAUUCACAGGUCCUAAUGCAAUUGGUGGCGAUGCGAUAGCAACGAAAGUUGUUGAUUUAUCAAAAAAGAAUAGAGAAUUAUCUGCUGAAUUAGAAAGUGAACGAGCAAAAUUAAAAAAAUUAUCAAUUAAAUGUAAAGAAUUAGAAUUAAUGACUAAAAAUGCCAAUGUCGAUGUACGACAAUCUUCAGCUCCUGUUGAUGAAAAUAAAACAGAAAAAGAAAUGAAAGAGUUACGUGAUAAACUAAAAGAUUUACAAGCUCGUCAUACAGAAGCUAAAUCUCAACUUGAUAUUUCAAAACAAGAACUAAAAAAAACUCAAAAGGCAUUAGAAAAAGAAGUUGGUGAUACAGUCAAUAUUCAAGCAAUAUUAAAUGGUACAAGUAAUUGGCGUGGUCGUCAACAACAAAUAAUAGCUUUACAAGAAAAAUUAAAUGAAUUCAAAGCACGAGCAACUCGAAGUUCAAGUCCUAGUUUAAAUGAAGAUUGGGAUGGUAAUUUAUUAGGAUCAAAAUAUGAUGAAACAUCAUCAUCAAGUGCUCAACAACGUCAUCGUGAUGAAAUACGUCGUAUGGAACGCGAGCGAAAAGAUGUACUUGAACAACAAAAACAAGAACUUCAAACAUUACGUACUGAACAUCAGACAUUAAAAGAUAAAUUUGAACAAUCAAAAACUCGUAAUACAGUUUUAUCGAAUGAAGUUAAAACAUUACGUGAACAAUUGAAAGCAUCAUUAGAAAAAAGUAAACAUGAUGAUGAACUUGUUGAUGUAUUACUUAAACAACAACAACAAAUGAAAACAACACAAGAACAAAUACAAAAAGAUCUUGAUGUUAAAUCAAAAAUUACUACAGAAGUCGAACAAACAAAUAAACUUGAUCAAAUGAAACAAGCAAAUAUGGUUAAACAAUUACAAUUAAUUGUUGAUCAAAAAGAGAUGAAAAUUCGUGAACUUGAAAUGCAUUUAGAUGAAAAUAGAAUAAAAUAUGAAAGAGACAAUAGUGAUGCACGUUUAUCAAAUGGUAAACUUAAUGAUUCACUUGCAUUCGUUAAUAUUACUAGCCGACAUACUCCAGUACAAAGUGUUACUGUAGCACCUAUGCAAUUAACUGCAUUAAAACAAUCGUCAACAACAGAUGCAGUUCUGAGUCGUUUAGAAAAAAGUGGAUUUACGACUUCUUUAAAUAAUCGACCAUCAAGUGCAGUUAAUAUCAAACGAUCUUCAGAUGAUAAAGAUCUUCAAUGUAUGAAUGCUGCAUUAGAAGUUGAACGAAGUCGUCUUGUUGAAUUUAUUCAAACAUUACAAAAACGUCUUGAUACUUCUAAUGCACAUCAUGUUGAACAAGAAAAUAAACUGAUUGAACAACGUAAAAUGAAUGUUCGUCUAGAAAAAGAAAUGGAAAAAAUUAAACUUGAUUUAAAUAAUGUUAAAAAUCGAACAGUUAAAGGACGUGGAGCAGUUCCAUUAUCAAAAUCAUCAUCAACACAGUCGAAUAAUCAUGAAACAAUUGAAGAACUUGAAAUGCGUUUAACACUUAAAACAGAUGAAAAUGAUGCACUUAAAAAUGCACUUAAAUCAAUGUUAGAUGCAAAAGAAGAAGAUUUAAAAUUAUAUAAUGAAACAAUACAAUCAGUUAAAGAUAUUUUUUUACAAGGAAUUCAACAUUAUAAACCUUUACAAACUACAACAGACUAA